AUGUUAAAAUUAAACAAUCCAACAAAUAUUCGUUAAAUAAUAAUAUGUUCAACAUUAUCUGAGCGUCCAGUAGUAAUUGAAAAUUAUAAAGCAUUCGAAGGUGGUCUAUCCUCUUCUGAAUUAAAAUUUUUACGACUAGUAGAACUUAUAUCAACUGGAGCCAAAUUUUUAAUAAGCAAAAACGGUUCUACAAUAAAAUAUUACCCUGGAAUAAUAACAAAUAAUGAUUCAAAUCAAUUCGAAUAUGACUGUGGAAACGAGCGAAAUAUAUCAUACUUUUUAUACCCUUUAUUAAUAUUAGCCCUUUUCGGCAAAAACAGAUUAAAUGCAAAAUUAAAAGGAAUAACUAACGACACUCAAGACAUAUCAGUUGACAUGUUUUCAAACUCAAUAUUACCUUAAAUAAAGAAAUUCGGCAUAGAAGGUGAGUUACUUGUAAAAGUAUUAAAAAGAGGUUACAAACCAGAAGGAUAAGGUGAAAUAUUAUUCAAAUGCCCCAUAGUGAGGCAUUUAAAGGCCAUAAACCUAAAAGAACGCGGAAAAAUAAAAAGAAUAAGAGGCAUAUGUGCAGGUGCUUAAAUAAAUCCCUCAAUAUUAAAUCGUAUAAUAAGUUCUUCUCGAGAAAUACUAAAUGAUUACCUUCCUGAUGUUUGGAUUUAUUCCGAUUUCUAAAAAGGAAAUAAUCAAGAAAAAUAAAAAACAUCUCCAGGAUACUCAGUUUCUUUAGUAGCAGAAUAUAAUAACGGGCAACUAAUAAGUAUUGAUUAAUGCUCAAUUGAAAAUGGAAGCCCAGAAUAAAAUCUAGCCGAAAAAAUUGGAAAAGAAGCCGCUUUAAGUCUUCUUGACGAAAUACUAUAUUGUGGCUUUGUAGAUAGUAAUUCUUAGUCUAUGUUCCUAACUUUAAUGAGUUUAAGUGAAAAGAAAAUUAGCAGUAUUAGAUUAGGAAGAAUUACACCUUUUACAGUUGAAAAUCUAAGGAUUAUUAGAGAAUUUUUUGGAGUAACUUUUAAAAUAUUACCGGAAGAUACUUAAAACAAAGAAUUAGAAGAAGAAGAAGAAGAAGAAAAUGAAAAAGAAUAAAAUGGUGAAAAUUAAAAUGAAGAUAAUAUGGAUAUUUAAGAUAAUUAGAGUAAUUCUAAUUAAGAAAAUAAAGAAGAGUUUGACUUAAGCUUAUAUAAUAUACAACAUAUGAUAUUUUCUUGUUAUGGUGCAGGACUAAGUAACAUGUCGCGUGUUACUAAUUGA